CAAUAUGGUGUUUUUUUUUCAUCAGUUUAGACAGCUGCAAGUCAUUUUUUAAUGACAGAUGAUUCAGUCAAAACACUUUAUACUGGGUGUAUAUUUUUAGCUCAAAUGGAGAGGUGUUGAUUAUAAGUUAAUCAAAUGUUGUUUUUUGAUAAAUGGAAAGAAGUUUUUAUGAUAAAUGAAGAGAGAGGGAGAGAGAAUAUAGCAAAUAGAAGGAAAAAAGUUAUUCAGAAUUUUUGUAACUGAAACAGAAUAUCUUUAACAUGCUGCUUUUUCAUGUCCCUUGUUUUAGGUCUAGACAGGGAGAUAUAGAUACCUAUGAGUUGGUUGGUGUGUUCUGGGCAGUGAUCUAGGUGCUGACCUAGUUUGGAAACACACCUGAUUUACACCUGUUUGAAAAUGAACAAAGUCAAUAAACCUGUUGUUAUACUCCCUUAGAUCAGGUGAUUAUAAAUUCCACGCUGCAGUAAUAAGCUAUAGAGCCUUAGACAGGUGAAUAGGUGCUACUAGGGAUAGAAUGAGAAAAAGGAGACGAUUAGCAUCAGUUAAGAGGAUAUUGAGAAUAACUGUUUAAGUAAGAUACUACUGUCUGGUGUGUAUUGAAUUACCUUUUGUGUCUCAUUCCUUAAGGGUCAAUUUUGGUAGCACUAAAUGCUUUGAUUUUAUUGAAACACAAAACAUUGUGUCUUAUUGAUUAAUACUAUCAAAUCCUUACUGAAAACUCGGCUGAUGACUCAAUAUGUUCAAUACUUAAGCUGGCUUUAUUUGGCAGUAAUAGAGCAUUUGUUUAAAGUGAGGCUAUUUUCCUUCAAAGUUAUUUCUGUUGCGACUUGGCUGCGGGAAUGAACCAGUUUGAAAAGUUUCUUUCACUGUAUUCAGAGGCUGUGUAGAAACAUGUUUGUCGAUUAAAUUGAAAGUACACAAGACAUAGAAACAGGUUGAAUGGAGCGCGGGAUGCAGUGGAGCAAAGGCAAACAAGAGACAAUAGCUACCAUGGCCUGUUAGAGGGAUGAUCUUGCCUGGCAUAUUGUAGAGGACUUCUGAUAAGGAGAGUUGACUGCAAUGACAGACAGAGUAAGCUACUAGAAGACCCAUUUAAAACAGUUGUUACCCCAGAAGGUGCAAGUGUGCAAGUACUUAAAGGUUCUGAACUCAGGUGGACUCUUCACAAAAAAAGAUCGAGCUUCUCUGUUGUUGAAACACCAUGUCUGCAAGGAAAGGCAGGAGGAGCUGGGGGACAUCCUAAAUGACAGCCAUGAUCCGGACACUAUGCAUGCAAGCAGUGUGGGGAUGGUUGCAGUGAACAACACUUAUUGGUAUUUUGAUGAGUCGAGAAUCAAAUCCAGACAAUUCUGAAGCAUCAGAUUUACACAAGGACGGUAUCCUCAAACGACAAAUUGCAGAUGUGACUAGAAUGUUGCACGAAAAGGACAAAGACAAGCCCAACAUGGCUGACACAGCUCUCAAAAUGGAGUCUGCUCCAGCCACUGCAAGCGCUGAAACAGGACAAACAAAUGGGACAGAUAAGAAAGAUAUGCACAACUCUACUUCUGAGGUCAAGGCUGAAAAUGGCACCGUACAAGACGUAAAACCUGCUGUCACUACUCCAUGCACCAGUUCUGCCAAAAAUGUCAAGGCAGCUGGGAUGAAACCGGGACAAAAUAUGACCACAAUGGAAGGGAAUUUUGUGCAACAGCAAAGUCAGAUAUUUGUGUUCUCAACAUCUCUGGCCAACAAAGCCUCUGAGGCUGUGAUGAAUGGACAAUAUAAAUCUAUUCUUGCCUUUCACAUGGAUCAACCAGGAACAAAGGAAACAUUGCAGAAAAUGCCAAUGAAGAUGAACCAGUUUGGUCCAUCAGGGAUGCCUAUAUACACAAUGGCAGAGAUGCAGGGAGGAACUCCCAGUACAAUGCAGUCAUCCAAUCCAAUGUUGCCAGCAAACAGUAUGGCACCCAACUCACAGUGGAUGCAGCAACCUCAUAACUCUAGCCCUAUUGGGCCACCAAAUUUAAAUAAUAUGAGUAUGAGUGGAGAAUAUUUAAACCCAGACUUUUGUCCCCCAAGCUCAGGCCCUGGGAUGGGACCCUGGGGAGGACAGUCUGCCAUGGGCAGUUUACAACAGAUGGCACAGGCCAAUCAGAACUUUGCUAAUAUGCACAGUAAUUUGUCUCAGAGCAAAGUCCCCAAUGAAAACUUGACCCCUGAGCAACUGCAAAGGCGAGAAGAGCACUUGGCCAGUUUACGGAAGAUUCAGCAGAUGCUUGGCUUAGAGCAAAGUAAUGCAGCAGCCUCAUCGCAGGCACAGAACAUGCAGGGUAUGCAAGGAGCUAUGUAUUCUCACCAGAGUAUGAUGUCACAACAAUCUAUGAUGAGUCAACAGCAGGGUAUGAUGACAACACAGCAAAAUAUGAUGAUGCAACAGCAGACAGUCAGUAUGCAAAAUGCUGAGGGACUGCCUAGCAAGGCAGCAGCACAGAGAGAGUGGAUGAGGCUACAGCAGCAGUUCUAUAUGGAGAAGAGGAGGUAUCAGCAGAUGCAAAUGCAGGAGAUGUAUGGUCAGCCAGGUGGACAACCAGGACCACCAGGUCAACCAGGGAUGAAUUUUCCUCCAAACUCUGCCCAGGGUCCUCCUCCAUCUUACUACAGUUCUAUAUCUCAGCGAAGACAGGGAAUGCCUCCCUUGUCCCCUACCUCAUCCCCUGCUCUCCCAGGAGGCCCCAUGCAGUCUCCUGACCCAGCUGUAGGGAUGAUGCCAGGUGGACCUAUGCCAGGAGGUAUGAUGCCAGGUGGACAAGUCCCUGGUGGCCCAAUGCCAUCCCCACAUCCAGGUGGACCCAUGCCUUCCCCACACCCAGGGGGGCCAAUGCCAUCUCCCCACCACAGUGGCCCUGUACCUUCCCCUCACCAUGGUGGACCCAUGAUGUCACCACACCCUGGAGGGCCAGCAUUAACCUCCCCACAUGGUCAUAUGUCACCUGGCCCUGAUGGACAAGGCCACUUCAUGUUCCCAGGACCUGGUCCGGGAGGAAUAGUACCCAGGCACCCAAUGCCUGACCAGAUGUUUGGACCUCAGGGACCUCCCCCUCCUGGGAAUUCUUUAGAAAUGAUGGGAAAUAUGGGGCAGAACUUUGGUCCUGGUAUGGGUCCCAUGAUGAGGCAACCGAAUCCACCCAAGAAUGCUAAUGUGAUGAUAGGGAAAGUAGGCAAUCCAGAGCAGUUCCAGAUCACAUCUCCUCCUCCAGUCUCCAGUGUCAGUGGUCCUCCAAAACCACCACCAAGCUAUGCCCAGUCUACCAAGAGGAAAAGAGAAAGGGAUGAUUUUGAAGAUUUGUACAAAAAUCUUCAACCAACUCCAUCGCCGCAACAAAUGAAUUAUAUGAAUCAGUAUGAAGGCCAGGAGUUAACAAUAACCAAACAAUUGAACACUGCUUAUCAGGGUCCACCAGACUCUCCUGCACAAAAACAAGCAAGGUCAGAUCAGUAUCCUCACAACCAGAAUAUCCACUCACCACUGCAGUCUAUAGCAAGCCCAAUGUCAGGGCCAGUGCAAAGUUCCAAAGGCGGUCAAAGGUCACGGCAUGGUUCUUUACCAGGCACACCUACAAUGUCCACAGCUGCACCACUGCCAAGCCCUAUAUCAAGUACAGGUCAGAGCAGCCAGGCACAAUCCAUCCAAAGCCCAAUGCCAGCAUCAGAAGCAAUAUCCUCUCCUAGGUCGGUGACAUCUGGUGGUCGUAGGUUAUCCCACUUUGAUCCUCCGCCGGUCAGCAGCAGUCCUGCUGGUGCAACAUCCACAUCUACCACAUCAUCAUCAAAGUCCACUAUGUCCAACAUCACCUCUGCCAGUCUUGCUAAUCUCGCCAAAGGAGUGGAACAUUUAUCCAAUCAAAUGCAACAAAACAUGAUGCAGGGUGGACCUUUUCAUAACAUUCAAAUUCAGAGUCAAAUGACUAGUGUUCAGGAGAGUGCAAGUACUAACCAGGGAGGAAGUGUGGGAGGCUCCACCAGCUCCAAUACUGCUGGUCACCCACCCCUCCCAGAUCAUCUAAACCAAGGACAAAUGCCACAGGGAAGCUGUGGCACAUCACAACAGACUCCUAGCGUUAACAAUACAUACGUAAAUGCAACAAUGUCAAUACAACAGUUGAACAUUCAAAAUGUGACUACACCUGGAAACUAUCCCACUAUGCAAGUGCAGCAAAUGAAUAAUGAUAUGAAUCAAAUGACAAUGUCUAUGGCACCCACAAUGCCGCACAGUAGUGUUGCUAUGACAGCAACGUCAGUAUCAGAAAAGCAUCCAUUCAUGAGCACAAUGGAAGGUGAUCCUACUCACAGGCCUUUUCCAGAAGCAGCUGGUGGGCCUUUCAUGGAUUCAGGGCAAGAUUUUGGGCCUAUGGGCAGACAAAAUUCAGGGCCUUUCCCUGGAGGCCCUCCCCACACACCUCAGGGGCCAGGACAGUUCUUUGAUUCUCCACCAGGAAUGGGGAACUUUCCUGGAGGCCAGCAGGGAAUGAUGGGCAGAUUUCCACCAACCAACCACCAAUCUGCCAGCAUGGUCAUGGGGUCAUUUCCCAAUGGAAUGCCCCAGAACAGCAGUGGUCACUUCCAGGGACCUGGAGGUCAUUUUCCAGGUCAACCCGAAAGCAUGGGAUCUUACCCUGGGCCUAGGGGACCUCCUUUUCCUGGUGGACCUGGUGAUAGACCUCAACAGACACCUCCAGGAUACAGGGCACCAGGUCCACCUCCCCAGGGUAUGGGCAAUGCUAAUGUGAAGAUUCAAGCCAAGGCACCCAAUACCAUUCAGUACCUUCCUGCCAACCCUCCUGCUCAGUCCAAUCCAUCAGCACAUAUCAGGGCAGGUGCACCAGGAGGGCCAACACCAGACCAGCCGCAUUUUGAUAUGAUGCAGAGGUUCUCUAAUCCACUGGCUAACAUGGACUCUAAAGUACCUUCUUCUAAACUCAGUUAUUUCCCAGAUGGGCCCCAAGACCAGGGCUUCCCUCUGAUGAGCCGAGGAGGAGGUAGAGCCAUGCAAGGUCAGCAUAUGGGGAUGAUGGGGAUGAUGCCUGGAAACCCAGGGCCAGGGGGUGACAUGCCACCUUUUGGCCACAAUGGUCCAGGACCACAGCCUGGCAUGGGAAUGCCACCAGGAAACCAAGUGAUGCACUCCCCACCUCUAGCAGGACCUGGUGGGAUGGGUCCAGGAUCGGGGUUGCCCAUGGGGAUGCCAGGAGGUCCUCCAGGGGGCUCCUCAGGGAUGCCCCCUGGUUGGAGUCCAUCUCCAAGGAUGGGAUCACAAGACUUUGGUAUGCUAGGGCCACCUAAUGGUGGGAAUCCAAAUUAUAACAAUGCCAAUUUUCACCAGUUCCAACAGCAACUUUAUGCACAAAAUCGUCCACGCCAGAUGCCUCCCCCAAACAUGGCAGGUAACAUGCCCAAUCAGCCGUACAUGAAUAUGAUGCCUAAUAUGCCUUGAUGGUCAGACGAUUUCACUGUAGAUGAUAUCAGCUUUUGUUCAAGGAAAGUGGGAACUAAGGCUGUGCUCUUGGUUAAAUCUGGUUGUUAAGUUCUACAAUAUUGGACAUCAUUCAAGAAAUAUGUGUUCCUAAGCAUAUAUCAAAACAAGCAUUUAAAAAAGCUACUGUGGCAGAGGUUAUGAUUGGUCUCUAGUUAUAUUUAGGGGCAAUUUUAAUAUCAGAUCUGAAGUGCACACUUCCAUAUAUUUAUGAGGUGGUUUACAAAGAACAAAUAAUUCAUUUUCAUGUAUCAGUACUUUACUCUUGUUGAUACAAAGCAUAGCUGUGAACAAUAACCACAAAUCAAAGAAAAACCAUGUUGUGAAUAUAGAUAAAAAUGAGAUGAUUUUUUUUUCACAUUGUAAGUUGACGAUUAAAGGGCAGAUUUUUUCUAAAUGCAUUCAGUCUUGUUAAACAAUUCUGUAUGCUACUGUAUGGCCCUUUUGAUAAAAAAAAAGAUUUGACCACAGUUGAAAUUCAGCUUUAAAUUCAAAUUUGAGCAUCAUUGUGUGAAGUGUUUUAUUUGUGUAAUUUCUAUUCAUUUUCCCAUUUCAUCAGGUUCUUGUUCCAUCAUACUGUUAUUUAAGUGUGCAAUAAUCUACUUUGAGGCGUUGUUACUUAUGUUUGUUAUUAUAUUAGUCCAUAGGUUCUAAAACUGAUGUGGACUACAUUUGUACCAUGUGGCCACAAACCGCUUGUACUCAUAAAUGAAAUUACCUUGUAACUGUGGUCUAUUUUUAUUGAAAUACUCAAUUCAGGUGGAAACGUUAUGUUACAUAUGAGAUCAUUGCAAGCCAGGGGGAAAAUUAAGGUUUUAUAUAUAUAUUUUUAAUAUUGAAUAGGAAUGUGAUGAGAUAAUAUGAGGAUCAUGUGACACAUUAAAGAAAUGCAUAUUUCUCAUUUGUUUUAAUUUUUUUUUAAAAUUCAAACAAUGUUGUAUAGUUCUUAAUAAUGUAUAGACUCAAUGUAAAUCAUUUUGAUAUGGCUAUGCACUUUUUUUUUCAUUUGUACUGACACAAGAGUCAGUUUAACCAACAGUAUUUUAUGUGAAGUAUUUGUACACAGGACCUGGGUUGGUUUUACUGUUAAGACUCCCACUGUAUAUUUAAAGCAUUUGAUUGGCACAGAACCUUCUUUGUAACCAUAUCACCAGGGUUGUUUCAUCACAUUGUACAUAGUAGCAGCUGUCAAAUAUUUUUAUAAGUUUUCAAUGAGAGCCAUUAAAAAGACUUAAGUAAAA